GAUGAUUGGCCAAAACACACUGAGAAGGAAGGGGCAAAAGUCAGAAGAGUGUAUAAGUCCCACCCUGCAGCCUUGAACCAGAUGUUUUCCACAGAGAAGCAGAGGUGGGCUGCAAGUGGAGAGACUGGAGCGCAGUGGAGAGUGGUUCCUGCAGCUGAACUACAGUUAAGUGCAUCCACUGGACACAGGACAGUUUGGGCAGUGGGCAGGAGUCUUCAGAUCUGUCUUUCAACCCUCACCAUCUCUUUUCUCAUCAGAGCUGACAGGGCCCCUUUCACCACAGCCAUGGGUAAGUCCUCCUCUAAGGAUGAACGCCAUGGAGAUUUGGAGUCCAGCUUCACGUUAUAUUUCAAGAAGUUUAAGACAGAAAGCAAAAUCAUUCCUCAGGAAACCAUCGAUUCAAUUGAGUUAUACCUGACAAAAGGAAACAUUCAGGGUGCAAACUCUGUAAUCAGUGCUGCAUUAAAAAAUAUUGAUAAUGUCCCAAUAAACGUUGCUGUCACUGGAGAGUCUGGAGCAGGGAAGUCCAGUUUGAUCAAUGCCCUGAGAGGGGUAGGACCUGAAGACAAAGAUGCAGCUGACAUUGGGGUGGUAGAGACAACUAUGAGGAGAACUGCAUACAAACACCCCAAAAUUCAAACUUUGACUUUAUGGGACCUGCCUGGUGUUGGAACUCUGAACUUUCCCCCGAAAGAUUAUCUGGAGAAAGUGAAUUUCCAAGAGUAUGAUUUCUUCAUUAUUGUUUCUGCCACACGUUUUACAAAACUUGAACUAGACCUUGCCAAAGCAAUCAAAUUCAUGAAAAAGAAUUACUACUUUGUAAGAACCAAGGUGGACAAUGAUUUACAAAAUGAAAAGAAAUCCAAAGCACGUACCUUUGACAGGAAAAAUAUCCUGUUGAAGAUCCGAAACUCCUAUAUAGAUACCUUAAAGGAAAAUGGCUUGGAUGCACCAGAGAUUUUCUUGAUUUCUAACAGCAAUUUAUCUGACUAUGAUUUUCCAGUCCUGAUGGACACCCUGGUAAAGACUCUUCCUGCUCAAAAGCGCCACAGUUUUAUGCUUUCCUUGCCUAAUAUCACAGAAGCAACGAUUGACAAAAAGCACAAGUCUAUGCAGCAGACUAUCUGGUUAGAAGCCUUCAAGACUGGACUCUUUGCUACUGUUCCAGUAGUGGGCAUCCUCAGGGAUGAUGUGGAGAAGGUGAAGGAGAAAUUAAACCACUAUCGAGUCCUCUUUGGAGUGGAUGAUGCAUCCCUGCAAGUCAUUGCUAAGGAUUCGCAAGUGCCUGCUGAACAAUUGAAAAAAAUCAUUAAAUCUCCUUAUUUGUUGGACACUAAGAAAAGGGAAACAUUAGAAGAAAAACUUUUGAAAUAUUUGGAGAGAUUUGCCUCAGUUAAUGGUGGGCUCUUGGCUACAGGUCUCUACUUUAGGAAAACCUUUUACUUACAACUUCUUCUCCUUGACACAGUGGCUGAAGAUGCCAAAGUUGUCCUUAGAGAGACAUACUCAAAGAUUAGUUCAAACUCAUGUCACCCACAGCUAUUGACCAUGGAUAAGUGUUACUCUUUCCUCAUGUUCUUGAUAGGAUUUGUGGUCGUUUUUUUUAUUUUGUCUUAUCUUAGGCUUUGGGCAUGGGAUGAGGUAUAAUCUCCAAAUAAUUUUUUAACAUUCAGAUUAUUUUAAUCUCAUUAUAUAAGAAUACAAAUACAUACUGUUUAAACAAAUGAGUUAAUUAUACAAUAACCUGUUUAUUCAAUUACUCAUAAGGCUAGGGCUCCAACCCAGGCCUUGUAGAUGCUAGGCAAGCAUUUUAUCACUCAACUAUGCACCUCACCUUGUGGUAGCUUUUAGAUUUAAGUAAGACAAUAGUCUGACUAUUCUGAAAUUCUGAACUUAUAUAAUUUAAUUGCCGUAUCUGCCCGUCUAACAAAAAAUGAUAGGAUGUAGAUUACAUAUUGUCAUAAUUUUGACAGGUAAUGUAAAUGAAAUAGGUUCUUCAAUGUUCAACAUAAUUGUAUGUAACAAACCAAUAGUCACAUAUUUUUUUUAAGUUGUUAACAGUAAGUCAGAAUUAAUUUGAAUCCUUUAAGGACAUUUGAAAUUCUUUAUUUGAAGCAUUUUUUUUAAUUUAACUUACAGGUGCAUGUGGAGGCCAGAGGACAGCUUGCAUAGUUAGUUUUAUUCUUCCACCAUGAGGGUUCAGAGCAUCUAACUCAGUAACUCAGGCUUGUUGUUCAGGACCUUUACCUGCUGCGGCAUCUCACAGCACUAGCCUGAGUGAGCCUGGACCAGACAGUUAGCACAGUGGAGAUGCUCUGGCUCCUCAGAGGAUGCUGAGCUGACUGUGGACUGCACUGGACCAGCAGGACUGGGGAUACUUUUGUCUCAAGUGCAUACAAGAUAGGAGGGAUAGAAAACAGCCCCACAAUGGGAGACAGACAUUAGGUCUGCAGCCCCUUAGUAGUUCGAAUUUGCAUAUCUCUGAAGCCAGCGAGGUUACAUACUUUUUCAAAUGCUAAUUGGCCAUUUUUAUUUCUUUUUUGAGAAUUCUCUGUUCCGUUUCAUGGCCCAUUUUUUAUUGGAUUGUUUGUUUUCCUAGUGUUUACUUUUUAAAUUCUUUAUACAUUGUAGCUAAUUCUCUAUCACAUUUAUAACUGGUAAAGUUUUCUCCCAUUCUAUGGUGUGUUUCUUCUUUGUCUGACAACUUUUUUUUUGAUCUUUAUUGAGCUCUACAUUUUUCUCUGUUCCCCUCCCUGCCUCUCCCCUCCCCUUCAACCCUCUUCCAAGGUCCCUAUGCUCCCAAUUUCUGACAAUUUUUUAUACAAGAUAUUUUUUAUGAGUUCCCAAUUAUUCAUUAUUGCCCUUAUUUGCUGAACUAUAAGAAUCUGACCCAGAAAGUCCUUGCCUAUGUCUCUGUCUUAAGUGGACUCUAUGUUUUCUCCUAUAAAUUUGCAGUGUCCGGUCUUAUGUUGGUCUUGGUCUAUUUGGGGUAGAUUUUUGUGCAGGGUGAGAGACAAGAAUCUAAUUUUGUUGUCCUACGCGUAGCUGUCCAGUUUCCCAGCGCUGCUUGUUGAAGAUACUCCUUUCUCCAGUUGAUUUUUCUUUGGUGAUUUUGUUGAAAAUCAGAUGGUUGUAGUUUAUGGCCUUGUAGCUGGGUCCUCUACUCUACAGCAUAGAUCUGAGUCUGUUUUUGUGCCAGUAUCAUGGCUCUGUAGGGUGACUUGAAAACAGGCAUGGCAUAACCUCCAACAGUACACUUUUUACUUGGGAUUUCUUUGACUGUCAGGGGUGUCUUUACAUCCAUAUGAAUUUUAGGAUGUUUUUCUAUUUCUGUGAAGAAAAGCAUGCGAAUUUUCAUUAGGAUUUUAUUGACUCUGUAGGUUUCUUACAAUAAAGCAGCUAUUUUCACAAUAUUGCUUCUUCUAAUCCAUGAGCAUGGGAAUCUUUCCAUCCCUCUGUGUCUCUUUAGUGUAUUUCUUAGACGUUUUAGUUUCAUUGUAAAGUCUUCCAUGGCCUUGGUUAGCUGUAUUCCAAGGCAUUUUUUUUCUUUUUUUGGUAAAGCUAUUUUGAAUGGGAUUGCUUCCCCAAUUUCUAUUUCAGAUUGUUUGUCAUGGGUAUAUAGUAAGGCUACUUGUUUUUGUGUAUUAACCUUGUAUCCUGCCACUUUGCCUGCUUUGGGGAUCAUUUUCCUCAUACUGUGUUGCUUCAUCCAACCUUAAUACAAUUGCCCUUAGGAUAGACUUUUCCUGAAAAGUCUAUUCUACACUCUCUGCUGGAUAUAAGGGUGUAUGUGGGAUGAAACGUGUUAUUCCUAUUUUACUCAAGAAAUCUUUACAAUUGGUUAAUAGAAUCACAAGAACUCUUCCUGAAAAUUGCAAUGAUUCCUUACAUUUAUUAGAUACCACUAUAGUUUUUGCCACUGUGGCCUUUUUUUUUUUUUUAAAAAAAAAAAAAACAAUCCUAGGACUUUUUGGAUUACAGCAAGAGGUUUCUAAAAUAGCCUGUCUAAUUUCAAAAGCUGCUAAUAUUGCAGCAGUAAUAUUCGCCAACAUUAAUCAAGAAAUGAGAAGAUUGAGGACAUCUGUUCUACAAAAUAGAGAUACUAUAGACUUCCUGUUACUUAAACACAAUCUUGGUUGUCUACAAUUUACUGGAGUGUGCUAUUUAAUAUCUCUGAUUUUUUUCAUACUAUUGACAACCAAAUUGAUCAUCACAUAAAGAAAUAAACAAAAUCUCCCAAACAAAUUUUCACUGGCCAAUUUGACUAAGAUGGUCCCCCUACUUCAUCAGCCCUCUAAUGCUACAUCUACUGGUCAUUGUAAUCAGGACCUGUGCUCUGCAAUGUGUGACUCAUUCAGUACCUGUCAGACAAACAACUCAAGCAUCAUUACUACUUAAUGACAUUAUUUAAGACAGUCCUCUCUCAAGGAGUUGACAGAUACACAUAAGUCAAGGGUUGAAUCAGGAACCUGCCUGACUUCAUUUGGAAGGCAGGAGCCAUUAUGCUGUAUUGUGAACAUGUGAUGGGGAAGCUCAGCCAAUCAAAUCUGGCUAGGGUGUGGCUCCCUGGAGCCCAGGUAGAAAAAACGGGGUAGAUAGGUGCGCUUGCUCUCUAUGUGGUGCUUGCUGGACCUUUUUGGACUUCAGACCUUCCACUCUGUUAGCGUGAGUUUCUCCAUUUUUUAAUUAUUAAAUUAUAUCUGUUGUUUUGA